UCAAGGGAGGAAAGGAAGGGCAGGGCACUUCCCAGGAGGUUGGGGGAAGGCCGUUCUGUGAGCUUUCCCGGGUGAUUAGCGCUGGGGAAGUUGAUCUCCUCUGUUGCUGUAGAUGUGGCGUGGCUGCUGCAGUCACGCCUCUCGCUGCCAGCCCAGCACCGGGAUCCUAAUCAGUCACUAUGAAAACUCAUUAGCUCCACAGCAAUGAGUCCUCCACUGCUGAAGCUUGGCGCUGUGCUUAGUACCAUGGCAAUGAUCUCAAACUGGAUGUCCCAAACUCUCCCAUCCUUGGUAGGACUGAACACCACGAGGCUGUCGACGCCAGAUACCUUAACUCUAGAUCUGAGCUCCCUGCUGCUACCUGAAAACCCCAAAGAAGGGUGGCAAGUCUACAGUUCAGCACAGGAUCCCGAUGGACGAUGCAUCUGCACCGUGGUUGCCCCAGAGCAAAACCUUUGUUCCCGGGAUGCCAAAAGCAGGCAGCUCCGCCAACUGCUGGAAAAGGUUCAGAACAUGUCUCAGUCUAUCGAAGUCUUAAACUUGAGAACUCAGAGAGAUUUCCAAUAUGUUUUAAAAAUGGAAACUCAAAUGAAGGGGCUAAAGGCCAAGUUUCGGCAGAUUGAAGAUGAUCGGAAGACACUAAUGACCAAGCAUUUUCAAGAGUUGAAAGAGAAGAUGGACGAGCUCCAGCCCUUGAUCCCUGUACUGGAACAGUACAAAACAGAUGCCAAGCUAAUCACUCAGUUCAAGGAGGAGAUUCGGAAUCUGUCAGCUGUUCUCACUGGGAUCCAGGAGGAAAUCGGGGCCUACGAUUACGAGGAGCUACAUCAAAGGGUGCUUAGCUUGGAAACCAGACUUCGUGACUGCAUGAAAAAGCUAACAUGUGGCAAACUGAUGAAAAUCACAGGCCCGAUUACAGUCAAGACAUCUGGGACUCGGUUUGGCGCUUGGAUGACAGAUCCAUUAGCAUCUGAAAAAAAUAACAGAGUCUGGUACAUGGACAGUUACACUAACAAUAAAAUUGUCCGUGAGUACAAAUCAAUUGCAGACUUUGUCAGUGGGGCUGAAUCGAGGACAUACAACCUCCCUUUCAAAUGGGCAGGAACUAACCACGUUGUCUACAAUGGCUCACUCUAUUUUAACAAGUAUCAGAGUAACAUCAUCAUCAAAUACAGCUUUGAUCUGGGGAGAGUGCUUGCCCAGCGAAGCCUGGAGUAUGCCGGCUUUCACAACGUUUACCCCUACACAUGGGGUGGAUUCUCUGACAUCGACCUGAUGGCUGAUGAGAUCGGACUGUGGGCUGUGUAUGCAACCAACCAGAAUGCAGGCAAUAUUGUCAUCAGCCAACUUAACCAAGAUACCUUGGAAGUGAUGAAGAGCUGGAGCACCGGUUAUCCCAAGAGAAGUGCAGGGGAAUCUUUCAUGAUCUGUGGGACAUUGUAUGUCACCAACUCCCACUUAACUGGAGCCAAGGUGUAUUACUCCUAUUCCACCAAAGCCUCCACAUACGAGUACACAGACAUUCCCUUCCAUAACCAGUAUUUUCACAUAUCCAUGCUUGACUACAAUGCCAGAGAUAGAGCUCUUUAUGCCUGGAACAACGGCCACCAGGUCCUGUUCAAUGUCACCCUUUUCCACAUCAUUAAGACUGAGGAUGACACAUAAACAAAUGUGAUUUGUUUUUCAUUGAUAUAAGCAGUGUCAUUUGUGAUAAACUGUAUAGAGCCCCUCCUAUUACUUUCCCCUUUAUUAUAAAUUUUUGAUCAUUUCUCCCAAGCAUUUUUAUCAUAAAGUUGGUGUUUCAAAAACAGCUGUGCCUGUCUAAAAUAGCCUCUUGGAAACACAUCUUAACUCCUAAAUUUACAAGGCCUAUCGUGUUCUUGUCAUAAAAAGCAUUAAA